GCUUCACUUCGUCGCUCCUUCCAUGAAAGCAAUGCUAGUUCCCCAGUGUCACCACCUCCACCGCGCGCCAUUCCCGUUCCCGCCACAAACCCUAGCUCCUCCCCGUCCGCCAUUCCCCGCACCUCCACUCUUCGGGAACCCUCGAGCUCCCACCAGCCUCCUCCCUCGACUCGCCGCCCCCCGGAACGAGGCCGUCCCUCAAUCCGCCAUCCAGCGCAUCGCCGAGAAGCUCCGCAGCCUCGGCUUCAAGGAAGAUGACGACGGCGGAGGCGGAGGCGGAGGCGAUGAUGGGUCGGUGCCGAAAUCCCCGCCCGGCUCUGCCGGCGAGAUCUUCGUCCCCUUGCCGAGGCGGCUGCCCAAGUACCGCGUCGGCCACACGAUCGACACGAGCUGGAGCACGCCCGAGAACCCCGUCCCCGAGCCCGGCUCGGGCGGCUUCGUGGAGAGGUACGGCGAGCUGAGGCGGAAGGUGAGGAAGGAGAGGGAACUGGAGAGGGAGAGGAGGAGGAGGGAAGAGAAGGCGGCCGCGGCGCCCACGCUGGCGGAGCUGAGGCUGUCGGAGGAGGAGCUGAGGAGGUUGAGCGGGAUUGGGGUGAAGUUGAAGAAGAGGUUGAAGAUUGGGAAGGCGGGGAUCACGGAGGGGAUUGUGAAUGGGAUUCACGAGAGGUGGAGGAGGGAGGAGGUGGUUAAGAUCGCGUGCGAGGACUUGUGUAGGAUGAACAUGAAGAGGACGCAUGAUCUUUUGGAGAGGAAAACUGGGGGUCUGGUAGUUUGGAGAUCUGGCGGUAACAUAGUUUUGUAUAGAGGGGCUGAUUACAAGUAUCCUUACUUCCUGGCUGAUGAUAGCCUAGCAAGUGGCCCCAGCACGCCGAUAGACGAUGGACAAGAGAGCUGCCCACCUGGCAAUGAUGGGGUAGAAGCUGCUCGACUAAGUCCUGUGAAUGAAGCUGGUCAUCCGACGUUGAUACAUGGUGUGGGUUCUCCUGAUAAAGUACGUUUCCAGUUGCCAGGUGAGCUAGAACUUGCUGAAGAAGCUGAGCAAUUGUUAGAUGGACUGGGUCCACGAUUUGCAGAUUGGUGGGGAUAUGAACCUCUACCUGUGGAUGCGGAUCUUCUGCCUGCUGUUGUUCCUGGCUACAGAAGGCCCUUCCGCCUCCUUCCUUAUGGAGUCAACCCUAAACUGACAAAUGAUGAGAUGACCAUAUUAAGGAGACUCAGUAGACCAUUGCCAUGCCAGUUUGCAUUGGGUAGAAAUAGGAAGCUCCAAGGAUUAGCUGCUUCCAUCAUUAAGUUGUGGGAAAAAUGUGAGAUUGCAAAGAUUGCUGUGAAGAGAGGAGUACAAAACACAAAUAGCGAGAUGAUGGCAGAAGAAUUGAGGAGCGUGCAUCUAUUAACUCAAGAUCUCUUAUUCCAGCGGCUAACUGGAGGGAUGCUGCUUUCUCGGGAUAGGGAAUUUAUUGUCUUGUACAGAGGGAAGGAUUACUUGCCUCCUGCUGUUUCAUCUGCAAUACAAGAGCGAAGGAAAGGUGGAAUAGGAAUGGAGAAAGGAGCUGAAUUUCGACAUGGAUUGACCUUGUCUGCGUCUGGAGAUGAAAAUGCUGACAUUGAUAAGCAAAGAAGGAUUCCUCCCUCUGAAGAAAAGAAGCCUGUUUCAGUUGAGGGAGUUAUUAGGACGACUGGCAUGAAGUUGUCCCUGGCUUUAGAGAAGAAAGCCAAGGCGGAGAAACUUCUAGCUGAGCUUGAGAAUGCUGAGAUCCCUGAACAACCUGAUGUGGAUAAAGAGGGCAUAACACAAGAAGAAAGGUACAUGCUAAGGAAGGUUGGCUUGAGAAUGAAGCCUUUCUUACUUUUGGGUAGACGGGGCGUUUAUGCCGGGACAGUUGAAAACAUGCAUCUUCACUGGAAAUAUAGGGAACUUAUUAAAAUAAUUUGCAAAGAGAAAACGAUUGAAUCUGUUCAUCAAAUAGCCCAGACCUUAGAGGCAGAAAGUGGUGGGAUAUUGGUAGCAGUAGAGAGAGUGAGUAAAGGAUACGCCAUCAUUGUAUAUCGUGGAAAAAAUUAUGAACGACCAGCUUGUAUAAGGCCACGCACACUUCUAAAUAAAAAAGCAGCCAUGAAACGUUCCUUAGAGGCUCAACGCCGCAAGUCUUUGAAACUUCAUGUGUUGAAGCUUUCUGAAAAUAUAGAUCAGCUGAAACAUCAGUUGGAUAGAGACAUGGAAAGGAGUGACGAGCAUUCAUUGGACGGAUUGAUUUCUCCACUGGUCACAGGGGAAAUAACCCCUAUGAAAUCACUAGAUUCUUCGAGCUCAGAUGGUGCACUUGACCUAGCAUGCAACUCUCUUCCUGGAGUUUCUGUUUCUCACAAGGAGCAUGUUGAGGCUAGAGAUAAUCAAGGAAAUGAUUCAACUUCCGUGAGCACUAGCAACGGGGCGGAUGCUUCAUUGCUCGAAAUACCAUCUAGACAGGAGGAUGAGCUGACUGGAUUCUCAGUAAACAAUGGAUAUGGGGAUUCUGGGAAUAUCAAACCUGAGAUGUUGGAUAGAUCAGCAAAUGGAGAUUCUCUGCGGAGUGUUUCUAUGCAAAGAUACAAUGAAGGCCGUGGAUCUCAGUCAAAGCAAAGAAUACCUAUCCAUGUUGAUUCUGAGCAUUAUGUCUCCGAUACUGAGACAGUGGAAUUAUCCAAGACAUCUGUUCAAAUGGGUGAUAGUAUACCAGAAACAUCAGUUGAGAUGCCUACGAGUCAGAUAAAUCUUUCCAACAAGGAGAGGCUUCUUCUACGUAAGCAAGCCCUCAGGAUGAGAAAACGUCCAGUGCUGGCAGUAGGGAGAAGCAACAUUGUGAGCGGCGUAGCCAAAACAAUUAAGACACAUUUUCAGAAGCACCCUCUUGCUAUAGUUAAUGUAAAGGGCAGAGCUAAAGGGACAUCAAUCCAGGAGCUGGUUUUCAAGCUGGAGCAAGCAACAGGCGCCGUUCUCGUCUCUCAGGAGCCAAAUAAGGUCAUACUUUAUCGUGGUUGGGGGGCAGAUGUGGAAUCGAGCUUUUCUCACGACAAAGGGAGGGAGGCAAGUAAAUUUUCGGAGAAGUCAGGACAAGCUCACCCUCUUGUGUCCCCUGAGCUUAUGGCAGCCAUUCAACUUGAAUGUGGAUUGCUGUCCAACCACGAGGAAAGGGCAACUCUGUAGAGUGAAACUUAUGUUGAAGGCAUUUCCAUUGUCUAUUAUGUCCGAUCAAUGGCAUUUUACAGCGAAUUAGCCGAGAGUUGGCUCAUCCUCCAUCAGGUAGCAGAGCUGAAAUUUUGGGGAAUCGGAUGGAUCUUCAAGAAAAUCUUAUUUAGUGAUUCAAUCUGUGGGAAUUUACCAACUAGGUAUAUCGUGCAAAUUGAUGAUCCCUAGGUGCAGUCACAUUGCUAAUGCAUGUUUGCUGACCUUAACCAUGCGCGAUUUAUCGCACCGUUCUACACUUCCCUCUGAUAGAAAGGUUGACCGAGUGAGUGCCCAAAUGCCAGAAUCACACAAGUUACUGAGGUUUUCUUGGUCUUCCAUCUACAUGUGAUUGCUCCAAAUUUCCAAGCCAAGCUAAGAGAAGCAAAUGAUCCAACUGUCUGUUUCGCUGCUUAUGUUGGUGAUGGCAAGUAUCAAGCAGGGUCAAGCUGGUUCUGGUUUUGCUUCGCAUGUGAACGUAAGCAGGGCGAUUUAGUUGCUAAUGUAGUUUAUUUUUACUAUUUGUAUACCAUUUGGUAACUACUCGGUCGUUCCUCUCUACCCUUUUACUUGUAAAUGAAAAAAAGCAUUGUUCGUAAUAUCACUAGUCAAUCGCCA